UCGCGGUUUACUGCGUCAUUGACGUGCGCAGAGCUGAGGUGUCCUUAGACAGAAGGUCGGUUCCCGGCGGGCUCUCAUCAUGACGAAGCUCCUCCAGUGGCUGCUCGGCGUGUCGCUGGUGCUCGCGGCCUGGGCGGUGGUCUCCUUCGACCUGCUGGACCUGCGCCUGUCGCACACGUACCGGGAGGUGGCCUGGCCGAUGCCCCUCUACCUGCUGGUGUCGUUCGGCUGCUACUCGCUGGCCACCGUGGGCUACAGGUUGACCACGUUCAAUGACUGCGAGGAAGCGGCGGCGGAGCUGCAAGAGCAGAUCAGAGAAGCCCGGGAGGACCUGAGGAGCAAGGGUCUGAAGAUGUGAGGCUCGAGGAGGACCUGAGGAGCAAGGGCCUGAAGAUGUGAGGCGAGAGGAGGACCUGAGGAGCAAGGGCCUGAAGAUGUGAGGCAAGAGGAGGACGUGGAGGAACUUUAUGAAGGAUCCACGACUGUUGCACACAACCUGGUGUCUGCACUCGAGAGGCUGGAGACACCAGAGUAAAAGAUGCCGGAUGGACUUCCUGUUUACCAUUCAUUCAUGGAGCCAUGUUUGUUUUCAUUCAUGUGUUCACUGCCACGUCUUUAAGAGAAAUUAGAGAAUUAGUCGCCCAGCUGACUGUUUUUGUUUUUACUCAUAGAUGACAACUAACUCUGUUUAAAAACUAAAAUCUGUGAAAUCUCCAUUCAAAGAUGUGUCUGAAGUCAAACAAUGACAUGUUACAACAUCCAGUUCUGAUGACCAAAUAAGUUGCUUUUCUUGGAGAAAUCACACACAAACAUGAAUAACUGUCAUAUGUUCAAAAAUACUGGUGUGUUUGAUUAUCACCCUCGAUCAGAUAUUCAUCACUGGAAGAAUCCUUCAGACAUUCACUGAACUCCAGACAUGUUCCUGAAAUGUGUGUGUGUGGGGGGGAAAUGUCUGAUUCAUUGGCUCCGGACAUUUUCCAGAACUUGUGUCUCAUUGAAUUCAUGUAAGAAUACAGCAGGAAAAUGUCCAGAACAUUCACAGCUAUUGCAGACGAAAAUGUCAAAUCAGAAACUCAGCGGUAUGGUAGAGCUUUUGGUGAUAAGGGCAGACGCUAUUGUCGAUGUGCUGUAAACAUUUGUUUAUAUGUCAUGUCCUACAUCCUCCAUGUUCUUCUCCCCUCGCCUGAAUGUUUCGGGAAAUGCUUCUAUUGUUUUGAUCACGUCUGAUCUGGACAAUCUCCUGCUGUGUUUCUUAAUAUGUGAAAGUUCAAAGUUCAUGUCUGAAAACAAGAUCUUUUACAUUCUUUCAAUCUGCGUCAGCACCGCACAGUGUCGGCCUUGUCGUGCCUGUCUGGAGAUUGCUGCUUGUCAGAAUACGUGGAGUAGAUUGUUAUCUGUAGCGUACAUUCCAUUGUCCUGUUUCAGACUGGUUCCCUGUGGCUAUUGCUGCGAUGUAAUUAAAAUGGAGUCUAUUUUCUUCAGAA